CAGGGAGGGAGUUGCUUUCCGGUAAUAGUAAAGGAACGUGAUACUGAAAGAAAACGCACCAACAGCAUCCUCGUUUAGUCGGAGCCUGACUCUUUCUGCUUAAUGUUGGUUUCUUUGUCAUCAGGUCUGCUAAAAAAUGACAGAAUAUAAACUUGUUGUCGUUGGAGCUGGUGGUGUAGGCAAGAGCGCCUUGACAAUACAGCUAAUUCAGAAUCACUUUGUGGAUGAAUAUGACCCUACAAUAGAGGAUUCCUACAGGAAGCAAGUAGUAAUUGAUGGAGAAACCUGUCUCUUGGAUAUUCUUGAUACAGCAGGUCAAGAAGAAUACAGUGCAAUGAGGGAUCAAUAUAUGAGAACAGGGGAAGGCUUCCUGUGUGUAUUUGCUAUAAACAAUACAAAGUCUUUUGAAGAUAUUCACCAUUAUAGGGAACAAAUAAAGAGAGUUAAAGACUCUGAAGAUGUCCCAAUGGUGCUAGUAGGAAAUAAAUGUGAUUUGCCUUCCAGAACAGUAGAUACAAAACAAGCUCAGGAUUUAGCAAGAAGUUACGGAAUUCCUUUCAUUGAAACAUCAGCAAAGACAAGACAGGGUGUUGAUGAUGCCUUCUAUACAUUAGUUCGAGAAAUCAGAAAACACAAAGAGAAGAUGAGCAAAGAUGGUAAAAAGAAGAAAAAGAAGACAAAGACAAAGUGUAUAAUUAUGUAAAUACAAUUUAUCCUUAUUCUUAAGAAGUACUUAAGUAAUUUUUGUACAUUACACUAAAUUAUUAGCAUUUGUUUUAGCAUUACUUUACUUUCUGCUUCAUGAUCCUGUUAGCUUUACCUGAAUGCUUGUUUUAAAUGACAGUGGAAACUUCAUUCCUCUUAAAGUGCCAGUAUUCUUUGACUGUUGGUUCUUGAACUAGCAAUGCC